GAGCAGCAGCAGCUGAGGAUUGAACCAGAAGAGAAGUGCAGGAAGCAGCUGCUGCAGGCUGAAGGUGUUUGCAACCGAGGAUCACUAGCCCAGGAGAAACGGCGGCGUUUUGCUCUAAUCCGGAAAGCUGCUUUGGAGCAAAACGGAGACGUUUCAUCAAUAGAAGACAGCGAUGGCUUAAUACGAUGUCGUCCUUCUUAGUUCGUUGAUUGCAAGUUUAAUUGUG